AGACGAUUGUCUAAAUUUUGAUACGAGACGAACACGCGCCGGCUGCCGAGGACUGCCACCACGGAUGUGGAGGGUCUCUCUGUUAAUAUUGUUUUGAAUCCAAUGUAUUUACAAUUACAACUCUUUUUUGGGAAACGUAAAAGUAUUGUUUCACAUAAAUUGAGAGAUGAGAUCAUGAGACAUCUAGCCAUGGGGCUCACCAGCCUUGGGAUUUGUAGAAAAUUAUCAAGGUUUUAAUUGUAAAGUGUAAACAUUCAAAACUGAAAGGAAAGCAAGGAACGCUUGGAUCAAAGAGCCAGACACUGGGUUUUCAUCCCAUGCUUGACGAAGAGACAAGCGAAGAGGUAGAGGAAGACGGGACCGAUACCAGCAUGAAACGGAGUAGGCUGAGUGGGAGAAGAGCAAGGAAGAGAAAGGAACAAGGAGGGGGAAAGAUCAAGGAGGAGAACGACUCUCAGCUGCUUACAAACUCUUUUUCUCAGGACCCAAGUAGCCAUGCCAAGACAGUCCCAUAUUCCUGUGCCUCCUUGAUGCAAGCGAAGGCGCUUAGAGAAGCGGAAAUCCGCAUUGUUGAUAUGCUUGCCAAGACAGUAGAAGGGUCCACUCCAGCUUCUGAGGAUAUUCAAAAUUCCUUGAAGUGUACUACUUCAAAACUCCUUCCUCACAUUCAGGGAACAGAAAUUCACUCUACUGCUGCUCACUCAGUACCCAUCCAAACAUUAAGAGAUGAUUUCCUUCUGUCGGUGUUUUCUAAGCCACCAAUGGUUUCUCCAGUGACACCCUCAAGAUACACUACUCGACAUGCAAAAAUGGUUGCCCGCCAGCGUGCUUCCUUAAGGCACAUCAUUUCUCAGGAGUUUGAAGAGAACCACUUAUCUGCUUCUCCCAUGGAACCCCUUGAAGCUAUGCCAAGGGAUUCCUCUCAUGCCCCCUCAAGGUACUACAGACGACAUGCAACAACGGCUCUUCACAAGCAUGCCAACUUAAGCUCAGUCUCUACUCAGGGAUCAGGGGAAAAACACCCAGGUGGUCCUGCCUCUUUACUUCUUGAAGCUGCAAUUGGCAACCCAGUGCCCAGAGGUCCUGUACCUUUUGCUGCUACCACAAAUGGCAGAGAGCAUAUUCCAUUAGGGGAGGUGACCACAGCAUCAAAUAUCUUUGAGAACAGGCCAGAAGAGAGUACCCACAAUCAGGAGCAAGAGAAUGUGCAUCUAAGCCAAUCUCUCACCCUUGGCCUGUCAGAGAUGGCUGGUUUGUGGGAUGAUGGCACAUCUGGUGACAGUGGGGUGGGAUUUCUUGCAGUUGAUUCUUCUUCAGUAACAGUGGGUGAAUAUAGAGUGAAGGAAGAAUUUGCGCCUAUUCUCAGGGCUGUUCUUUUGAAGCAUGGUGACAUUGCUGCAAACUGCUCCUUGCAAACUAUGCAAUCCCGUUCAUCUUUCUUAGAGAUUGUCUGUGCCAUUGUCCACAAAUUGCAAACGACCAGCCUCCCAUAUCUCACACCAGUUGAGAUCAAUAGCAUGCUUGCAAUUGUUGUGGAUCUUGAACUUGUAAGGCUAGAAGUUGGCUGGCUUCAUCAGAGGCUGAAAGAGAUUCUUGAUGCAAUGCAUCUGGUCAAGCAUAUUACCACCUUGAAAGAGGAACAAAAGAAAAAACAUUACCUCAUGGAGGAGACCAAGAAAGAGUUGGAAGCACUACAAGAAAAGGUUCAUUUGACUGAGGAUAAGCUGGCGGCAAUGAAAUCCGAGGCUUACAAAUUUAGUGAAACCAUCUCAGAUGCCAAGACCAAGGUGGCGCGCUUGUACCAAAGGCCCUUAUUUGCUGACCUGCUUUGAUUUUCCCUCCCACCUUUCUCAUAUCUCUCACAGAUCAUGUUGGAAGUCAAGAGAGUAAGGUACUGCAUGGGACUCUUCCAUUCAGGGUAGAACUCUCUGUAAAUUAACUUGAAACCUUGGCCAAUGUGUAACCUUAGGCACUGCAUAGAACUUUACCAAUGGAAGGCACUCCAUAAAACUCUCUCUAUAUACCUUCUUGCCUAUUUAGAAAAACAAAAAAGAAAAAGGAAAAAAAAAAUGCAUCAAAACAUCAAUGUCCUCUUUAAAGAUCGGAGGCAACUAAUGUCCUCUUUCUCCAAUAUCAAAACAUGCAUCAGUAUAGAUAUUUCAUAUGCCAAUGCUUCCAUCUGGGCCAAAAAUUAUUUUAUGUUUCUUGUAAUAUCCUCACUUAUGAUCUAUACCUUAGAAAUUUGUGAUUAUUGUUGAGAAAAUUUUGAAAUACGUUCCUUUGGAUCUCCAGAUUCCUGUAAUUAUUGGGGUUUAC